CUGCGGCUGUUUGUUUCCACACUUUCACUUUCACUUUUUUCUCCCAAAAACAUGGGCGCCGAUGGCCGCGGCAGCGGCGGCCGCAAGGGCUCGUCGCCGGCGAAGCCAGCCGAGGGCCGGACCUCGAGCUUGCUCGCUGGGCUCCCCUCCCGCGGGAACUUCACGGAGAGCGACGUCGCUUCUAGCAUGGGAGGCCUCAAGGUUUAUAUCUGCCUCCACGACACGGCUCCUCCAGAGGGACAAGUUGUAAAGACGGACACAAACAAUAUUUUAAUCAGAGCUCUCCAGUUGAGCAAACAUAAAAGUGAAGCCAAAGAUAUGAGUAGUAAGAUGCCAGGAGAAAGCAGCAGGGGAAAAAGGAAUGCUGCCAGAAAUUUAGAUGGCAAGAAUCCAUCAAAAAGACCCAACAUUGGCAGCCCUACUGGAUCUUCUGCCCAUGAGGAAUCAUCAUCUGGUUUCUCUGAGCUGACACUUCAGUCAUUUACUGUGGAAAAGUUACGAUCGCUUCUAAAAGAGAGGGGGCUGUCACCAAAAGGCAAAAAAGAUGAACUGAUCGCUCGCUUAAGAGAUGCCUCAGGUUGAUUUGAACCGCAGUGUUGUUGAUCUCAUGCCAACCGCAUUUUGUUGGGUGUUACUGAAGAGCAUAGUGAAUAUCUUGCUGUUUGUAAUGCUAACUGUCAUGUUUCAAAUUUCGGGGAUGUAAAUGAGUUUUAAGUUCUAUACUUGGAGCGAUGGAUAGAGACAUGAGAAGCUUUUGAUUCGCUGUAUUAUCCAAUUUCCUGUUGGUAGAGAUUCCCUGUCGCAGAUAGUGUAGAAAAAGGGAAGUAGCUGGCAUUUUCACAUGUGCACAUUUGUCCUGUUUUCAGUUUUCCUUCCAGGGGAUGAGGAUAUUUCAAUGAUUUCUUCCUUUCUAGUUGAAAAACGCGUGGGUUCAAGGCCA